UAUUUGGAAACUGGAAAAAAACAAACAAAACUGGAAGUGUGGAGAAGAAAUCCUUCCAGUUCUAGAAGUCCCUGAAGGCAUCUGGUCUAUUUCCUGACAGCUUUUUCCUAUACACUUUUUGGCUACUGCAGCCUGGAGGAUGGGGGGAGGGGAGCGAGACUGGUGUCCCAGGUCCCUAGGGGGUGGGGUCCUUUGCUGCCCCCAUAGCUCUGCUGGGACAGCCACUUGGGCUGCCAGAGAGGUGGGGACAAGGUGACAGCAGAAUGUGACUCCUGACCUGCGAGGUGGGCAGGCAGGCAGCUUGGGGUCGGGUGGGGUGUGGCAAGCACUUCCGGGAGCUGCGCAGGUGCGGCAGCGCAGCUUGUAGGUAGGUUCUGCCGCCCUGGUCCCUGCUGGGCUGAUCUUGUUCUUCAGUCGAGGACGCAGCAGCUGAGGUGUGAGGAGUCCAUUGCCCGCCCUCCUCCCCCUCGGGGCUCGACUGCAGCUUCCGGCACUGGUGGACCUGGGUCUAGGGAGCCUGAGAGCUGCCAGCUGGCUCCUGCCUGUCCCCUCCUCUCGCCUGCCGCCUGCUAGGAACCGGCUCUCUCUGGAGAUCGCCCUCCUGAGUUCUAGGUGGGGUGGGGUGGCUGGUUGGGUAUAGCUUUGGGAGAUGAUCCAGGGUUGAAAGUCAGAGAGCAGAGGCCUCCGACUAUGGAUGGGGUUUCUUUGAGGGUGUACAGGAGCUGCAGGAGGAUCCUGGACAAGACCAAAGGGGUCAGUUGGGAGGGGGUGUUAAGUCCAGAAUCUGGGAGUGCUGAUAGCUGCUGGAGGCACGUAACACCUGCCCUGAGGCUGGGAUCUUGCACCUGCCCUGUGGGGCCUCAGAGCCAGGUGGGAGGAGUUUACCUUGCCUGCCAGCUGUUAGGAUACCAGGCAUCACAGGCCUGGCCAAGGGAGAAACACUUGACCAGGAUUGGCUCAGUCCUUUCUGGUCAGGCCCAGUAUGGGACUCUAACUCUAGUAUGUGGUAGGGCCUCUUUCACCCCAAAGUUGCUCCUCUAGCUGCCAGGCACCAGUCUGCCCCUGUCACUAGGGCACCCACAAUCAGCCCUGGAGACCAACAGUCCCGGCUCUUGUCCUGCACUGGUUCAUCCUGGACUGCAGCUGUUGUCAGCCCACUGGUCCCCAAGUCUGUGUCACCUGACCAGAUCUGGGGUCCUCCAAGCCUGCAGCAGCCCCACCCAUGCCUCUGCCACACCUUCCUCUUCCUAGUGGGAGCAGGAGGCCCAGAGCGCACUUGCACCCCGUUCCCAUUUUUCCUGCCCUCCCUUGGCUUUGCAGCGCCAUGGCCAGCCCUGGGGAGUCCAGGGCAGUAGGGGCCCAGGCAGAGGAGGACAAGGAGGAGGAAGAGGAGGAGACGGUCUCCACAGGGCGCAGUCCAGGUCCAGCGGUGCUGCAGCAAGCCCAGGAGCUUUUCGUGCUGUGUGACAAGGAGGCCAAGGGCUUCAUCACCCGGCAGGACCUGCAGGGCCUACAGAGCGAUCUGCACCUGACGCCGGAGCAGUUGGAGGCCGUAUUUGAGAGCCUGGACCAUGCCCACACAGGCUUCCUCACUGCCCGCGAGUUCUGCCUGGGCCUGGGGAGGCUUGUGGGGCUGCAACCGGCAGAAGGGGUGACCCCCUCGUGGACUCCAGAGGAAACCUUUGAGUCAUCGGGCGUGCAAAGCUUCCGGGGCUCCUUGGAGGGAGAAGAGGAAGAUGAGGAGGAUGUGGAGCGGUUCUGCACUGUGCUGGAGCAGCUAGGGGUGGCCCGGGUCCUGGGCGAGCAGCGCGCAGUAAGGGCACUCUGGGCCCGGCUGCAGCUCGAGCAGCCUGAGUUACUGGGCUCCUUCGAGGACGUCUUGCUGCGUGCGUCCGCCUGCCUGGAGGCAGCGGCCCGGGAGCGCGAAGGCCUGGAGCAGGCGCUGCGGCGGCGGGAAAGCGAGCACGAGCGGGAGGUGCGAGGCCUCUACGAAGAGCUGGAACAGAAGCUGCUGGAGUCUCGACCGCGUGGACAGAGCCAGACCCCGCCCCGCGAAGAGCAGAGGGCCCUCAUAGAGCUGGAACUGCAGAGGCGCGAGCAGGAGCUGGAGCGCGCGGGGCUGCGGCAGCGGGAGCUGGAGCAGCAGCUGCAGGCCCAGGCCGCUGAGCAGCAGGAGGCACAAGCCCAGCACGCGCAGCUGCGGGGCGUUUUGGAGGCGCUCCGCACGCAGCUGGAGGGGGCACAGGAACAGCUCCGCCGGCUGGAGGGCGAAGCCCAGGGCCGCCGCGAGCAGAUACAGAGGUGCGUGGGCCGCCAGGCCGCUCCGCUCCCAGCUCAGCCCUGCGCCCUCGUCCUUUGCACUCGUCAUAACCCCAUCCACAGGGACGUGGUCACUGUCUCCAGGAAUAUGCAGAAGGAGAAGCUCAGCCUACUGCGUCAGCUGGAGCUGCUCAGGGAGCUGAACACACGACUGCGAGAUGAAAGGGACGCCUGUGAGGCCAGGCUGCUGGGAAGCAGCCACAAGAAGCCCAUGGGCACCUCAGGCCUGCCCAGGCCCGCCUGCUGCUGCUGGGCUCGGCCCCCCAGACGCGGUUCCGGCCAUCUGCCCAGUGCCCGUUGACCAGCCCGCCUGGGCCCCUGCUACUCCUUGAAGGUCACUUGUCCUGGGUGCGGGAUGCCCACCCAGAGCCCCCACCAGGGCUGAUCUGUGGAUGGUCAGCGCUGCAGGGCCUUACAUACCCUUGCUAUUCUGCAUUUUGUCCAGCAAAAAGAAAAACAAACGUGUAUGGCGCAAUAAAGCGCACACCGCUGCA